CAAAAGAACGAGCUUCACAAGUCCUGGUGAGGAAGCGCCGUGCAAAUACCUUGCUCGAAGAAACUAAAAAGGGCAACCUUGAAAGAGAGUGCAUUGAAGAACUGUGCAAUAAGGAGGAAGCCAGGGAGGUCUUUGAAAAUAAUCCUGAAACGGAUUAUUUUUAUCCAAAGUAUUUAGUUUUACCCAGGCUGGAUCCUUCUUAACUUCCAUGAUCAGAUGAGAUGGGAUACAUUCAGGGUGGUUGUCUGGGCGCAUUCCGAGUUGGCGCAUUCAGUGCUGGGAGACAGUCAGCUAAUGCUUACCCUGACCUCAGGAGCUGUGUCAAUGCCAUCCCAGACCAAUGUGACCCUAUGCCAUGCAAUGAAGAUGGGUAUCUGAGCUGCAAAGACGGCCAAGGUGCUUUUACUUGCAUCUGUAAACCAGGCUGGCAAGGAGACAAGUGUCAGUUUGAUAUAAAUGAAUGCAAAGAUCCCUCAAAUAUCAAUGGGGGCUGUAGCCAGACUUGUGACAAUACUCCUGGAAGUUACCACUGCUCCUGUAAAAUUGGCUUUGCUAUGCUCACAAAUAAGAAAGACUGCAAAGAUGUGGAUGAGUGCUCUCUAAAGCCAAGUGUCUGUGGCACAGCUGUGUGCAAGAACAUUCCAGGAGACUUCGAAUGUGAAUGUCCCAAUGGCUACAGAUAUGAUCCCUCAUCAAAAUCUUGUAAAGAUGUCGAUGAAUGCUCUGAAAACACCUGUGCUCAACUGUGUGUCAAUUACCCCGGAGGCUACUCUUGUUACUGUGAUGGGAAGAAAGGAUUCAAACUUGCCCAAGAUCAGAGGAGUUGUGAGGGUAUUCCAGUGUGCCUUUCCUUGGACCUUGACAAAAAUUAUGAAUUAUUAUAUUUGGCAGAACAGUUCGCAGGAGUUGUCUUAUAUCUAAAAUUUCGAUUGCCAGAUAUCACCAGGUUUUCAGCUGAAUUUGAUUUUCGGACAUAUGAUUCAGAGGGCAUCAUACUGUAUGCAGAAUCUCUCGAUCACUCAAAUUGGCUCCUGAUUGCACUUCGUGAAGGGAAGAUUGAAGUUCAGUUUAAGAAUGAGUUUUCAACCCAAAUCACAACUGGAGGCAAUGUUAUUAACAAUGGUAUAUGGAAUAUGGUGUCUGUGGAAGAAUUAGACGACAGUGUUAGCAUUAAAAUAGCUAAGGAGGCCGUGAUGAAUAUUAAUAAACUUGGGAGUCUUUUUAAACCUACCGAUGGAUUUCUGGACACCAAAAUAUACUUUGCAGGAUUACCUCGGAAGGUGGAAAGUGCACUCAUUAAGCCGAUUAAUCCUCGUCUGGAUGGAUGUAUACGAGGCUGGAAUUUGAUGAAACAAGGAGCUUUGGGUGCAAAGGAAAUAGUUGAAGGAAAACAAAAUAAACAUUGCUUCCUCACUGUGGAGAAGGGCUCCUACUACCCUGGUUCAGGAAUUGCUCAGUUCAGCAUAGACUACAAUAAUGUAACUAAUGCAGAGGGUUGGCAAAUAAAUGUGACCUUGAAUAUUCGCCCGUCCACUGGCACUGGAGUCAUGCUUGCUUUAGUUUCUGGGGACACAGUGCCCUUUGCCUUGUCCUUGGUGGAUUCUGGCUCUGGAACUUCUCAGGAUAUUCUGGUAUUUGUUGAAAAUUCAAUAGCAGCUCACUUAGAAGCCAUAACUCUGUGCUCGGAACAGCCAUCCCAGCUGAAAUGUAACAUUAACAGAAAUGGACUGGAACUGUGGACCCCAGUUAGAAAAGACGUCAUUUACUCUAAAGAUCUCCAAAGGCAACUCGCCAUCUUGGACAAAACAAUGAAAGGAACCGUGGCCACUUACCUGGGUGGCGUUCCAGAUAUUUCCUUCAGUGCCACACCAGUGAAUGCUUUUUACAGCGGCUGCAUGGAAGUGAACAUCAACGGGGUACAGUUGGAUCUGGAUGAAGCCAUUUCCAAACAUAAUGACAUUAGAGCUCACUCCUGUCCGUCAGUGAGGAAAAUCCAGAAGAACUUCUAAAGUCUGUUUCCUAGGCUUCUAAUCUCUCUUUUCAUGUUGUAAUUAUGCUCUUGUUCAUGUUUCCAUCACCAAAUGACAGGAUUACAUGUGUGAUAUGCAUGUUUAAAUAUGAUGUGGUACUUUGUCCUUCAGAUUUUUGUUAUAUAAGUCGCAUUUUUGAAAAGUCUUGUACUCACUGCUGUCUAGAAAUUAAAUAACAAAACACAUGAAACAUUUAAAUUUCAAUUUAUUUCCUAUAAAUGACACGGCUUUAGUUUUUUGGUUUUUUUUUUUUUUUUUUUUUAAAGGUAAGAUUCAUCAUCAUGGAACUAGUAUUUAAAUGUUCUGUUUUUCUCAGAAGACGAAUCAGUUAAACCGAAACAAAAGUUCAAGGGACUAAAUGCUAACAGCUGGAGAGCGACACUGUCUUUUUAUUGUUGCUUUUUGCCCAUGACAGCGACAGAGCUGAUAGCAUACUGCAUGAGAAUUGGAAGGAAGGUCUCAAAGCUUUAUUCUAAAGUAAUUCCGAGGUGUGAGGAGCGCCUAGUUUAGGCUUCAUUUUUCUUUCACCUGGCUUUACACUUGAGCCAACACCUUCACCAAAUUAGAGACCAGGGGCACAUUUUCACUGGAGCAACACAUGAAUGUUGUCUCAAAGGCAUUGGUUUCUCUCCAAGACAUCAGGUUAUGCUGUAAGGGGGGUGUGAACAUUGGGCGCGCACAUAACUCAACCUAGGCUGUUUAGAGCACAUAAGGUCAGAGUCAGAAAGGCAGCUGUUCUUAAUGGUGGGACGGAGAGUGAAUACAUCAGCAAAUUCAUAGUUGUCCUUCACAUUGGAUUUUAACAACUAUAGGUGGCUUGAAUGGGAUUGUUGAAGUUAAAAAUGUGACCAAAAGUAGAUUUUUUAACAAAGUGAUAAUGAUAAGACAGAUGUUCGAUAAUGUUACAUGUUCCAGCUUUGUAAUGAAAGAAACACGAAGGUAAGAUUGUCAAACAUUUGCUGACAGUGCAUAACAAGUGUCAGGCUGCUUUGUCGCUUCGGAGUGGAGUCAUUUCAGGUGUGUAUCAGAUGCGUCAUUGCUAUCUGAGAAAUUGAAUUUUAUUUUACUGUAGAUAUUUUGCAUCACAUGAAACAUAAUAAAAGGAUACAUAUUUUUAAAAUACA